AAUUACUGCAGUGCUGUAAUUAUGCAGAUCCCUACCAAGGUUGUUGCUGCCCCUUGAAGGACCUCCCCUCGCAGCUGUUUAAAUGAGAAUGUCCCUGGCGCAGAGGGUGCUGCUGACAUGGCUCUUCACGUUACUCUUCCUCAUCAUGUUGGUGCUGAAGCUGGAUGAGAAAGCACCGUGGAACUGGUUCCUCAUUUUUAUUCCUGUUUGGAUAUUUGACACUAUUCUUCUAGUCAUGCUCAUCGUAAAAAUGGCUGGACGGUGCAAGUCUGGCUUUGAUCCUCGCAACGGCUCCCAGCACAUGAAGAAGAACGUGUGGUAUCUCAUCGCCAUGCUGCUCAAACUGGCCUUCUGCCUUGCCCUCUGUGCUAAACUGCAAGGAUUUACUAGCAUGAAACUAGUCUAUGUGUUUAUCCCUUUCUGGGUGCUGCUUAUCGGGGGGCUGGUUGAACUGGGAUACAACAUCUUCUGUGUACAAAGAGACUAAAAGGUGGCUCGGGGCUUCCAAGUCCAAGAAUGGCACCGAGUUAAGGGAUUAUUGAGCUUUGCCACAAGCUUGAUCUCUCAAUUAGAACAUCAGGAACUCUGGAGACUUCAUCUAAGCCAGACUGAAAACUGAAAAUAGACUUGUUCCAUUUUUU